AUGUAUGACCCGAAUGCCUUAAAGUUGGGUGGCAAGGUGUAUGACUUGAAUGCCUUGGAGCUAGGAGAUAUAGUGUAUGACCCAAAUACCUUGGAGAUAGGUGACAUAGUGUAUGAUAUGAAUACCUGGGAGCUGGAAGGCAUGGUGUAUAACCUAAAUGCCUUAGAGAUGAGUGGCACAGUGUAUGACAUGAAUGCCUUGGAGAUGGGUGGCAUGGUGUAUGACUCGAAUGCCUUGGAAAUGGGUGGCACGGUGUAUAACACGAAUGCCUUAGAGAUGGGUGGCAUAUUAUAUGACCCGAAUGCCUUGGAGAUGGGUGGCACAGUAACAUCCCUAAACAGGGUGGACGUUGACGGAGUUCUCAUGGCCAGACAUCACCUAGCAGUGUACCUACGUCCGUCGUUGAUAAAGCUGCAGGACCAUCAUAUUCACCUUACCCAGUACAGGCAGGACCAUCACAUUCCCCUACUCCAGUACAGGACUCUGAUUUGUAAAUUUCUUGUAGCUCGACUUCUUCCUCUUUUCAUAUCCAUACCUUACAUAAUGAAUAUUAUUUCUUUAAUAGGUGUAAUAACAGUACUAUUAGGAGCUACCUUGGCUCUUGCUCAAACAGAUAUAAAAAGAAGUUUAGCUUAUUCUACAAUGUCUCAAUUGGGUUAUAUUAUGUUAGCUCUAGGUCUAGGUUCUUAUCGAGCUGCUUUAUUCCAUUUGCUUACUCACGCAUAUUCUAAAGCUUUAUUAUUUUUGGGAUCUGGAGCCAUUAUCCAUUCAAUGGAACCUGUUGUUGGAUAUUCACCAGAUAAAAGUCAGAAUAUGAUUCUGAUGGGCGGUUUAAAAAGAUAUGUUCCAAUUACAAGAACUACUUUUUUAUUAGGUACACUUUCUAUUUGUGGUAUUCCACCUCUUGCUUGUUUUUGGUCCAAAGAUGAAAUUCUUAAUGAGAGUUGGUUGUAUUCACCAAUUUUUGCAAUAAUAGCUUGUUUCACAGCAGGAUUAACUGCAUUUUAUAUGUUUCGCGUGUAUUUACUUACUUUUGAUGGGCAUUUGCGUAUAAAUUGUAAAAAUUACAGUAGUACCAAUAAUAGCUCGUUCCAUUCAAUAUCUUUAUGGGGAAAAGAAGUUCCAAAAAAAGUUGAUAGAAAUUUUCUUUUAUCAAAAAUAGAAAAUAUGGUCUUCUUUUUUUCAAAGGAUAGAUAUAAAAUAUCUAGUAAUCUAAAAAAAAGAAGAUCAUAUACUUUCGAAAAAAAGUACACUUAUACUUCUAUGUAUCCUCACGAAUCGGACAAUACUAUGCUAUUCCCUCUGUUUGUUUUGGUACUAUUUAAUUUGUUUGUUGGAACAAUAGGAAUUCAUUUUGAUUAUGGAAUAAUAUAUUUUGAUAUAUUAUCAAAAUGGUUAACUCCAUCGACAAAUCUUUUACAUCCCAAUGUGAGUUAUUCAGUGGAUUGGUAUGAAUUUUUUACAAAUGCAAUUUUUUCGGUAAGUAUAGCUAUUUUUGGAUUAUUAAUAGCAUAUGUUUUAUAUGGGUCUAUUUAUUCAUUGUUCCAGAAUUUGGAAUUCAUUAAUUCAUUUAUAAAAGGAGGUCCUAAAAGAACUUUCUUGGACAAAAUAAAAAAUAGAACAUACAAUUGGUCCUACAAUUGUGGUUAUAUAGAUAUUUUUUAUACUAGAGUUUUUACCUUGGGUAUAAGGGAAUUAACCAAACUAACUCAGUUUUUUGAUAGAAAUAUAAUUGAUGGAAUUAUCAAUGGGGUUGUUGUUGCAAGUUUAUUUAUAGGGGAAGGAGUUAAAUCUACGGGAGGUGGACGAAUUUCUUCUUAUCUAUUUUUAUAUUUAUUUUAUGCAUCAAUAUUUUUAUUUAUUUUUAAUUCUUUUAUAAUUUAUUUU